AUGUCUAAGCGAACGAUCGCUUAUUUUGGCGCCACGGGAGGCUCCGUUGCGGCAUCCCUCGCGCUCGCCCUGCAGAACGGCCAUCUGUGUUCCGUCCUUGUCCGUACCGAGGCGAAACUGCGUGCCCUUGUUCGCGAGCGUGGUAUCUCGGAUGAGAGAAUCGCAAGCCAUCUCACUAUUGUUACCGGCAGCGUCAAAGACCCUGCUGCCGUCGCCCAGACGCUCCAGGCCCCCAGCAAGGGUGCCGGUACGGUAGACGUUGUGAUAUCCGGUAUUGGCGGCAAACCCCGGUUCACGCCCGACCCAUUGAGGCCGACGCUGGAAGAUCCCACCAUAUGCCAGGAUGCCACGCGCAUGAUAUUCGACACCCUCCGCUCGCUGGGCGGCCCCAAACCGCACUUUGUCGUCAUCAGCACAAUCGGAGUCAACCAAAUCGGCCGUGGCAUCCCUAUAGCCAUGACUCCGCUCUAUCACUGGCUACUUACCAUCCCCCACCAAGACGUGAGAGAAAUGGAGACAAUGGUCAUGGCCGAGAUGGAGAAGCCAGCGCUGCAGAGAGCUAUACGAAGCUAUCUCGUUGUGAGGCCGAGCCUGUUAACGGACGGUGAAAUGACAUCCAUGGACCGCAUAAGAGUCGCCAGCGAUAUCAACCCCCAGUUCGGCUACACGAUUAGCAGGAACGAUGUCGGGAUGUGGCUAUUCGAGACGGCCGUUAGGGGAACCAGCGCUCACACAGGUGGGAGGAUCGUAACGAUCACGGGUUGA